UUUGUCGCACCCGCCAUUCCCGUUCAUUGUUUUUCUGCUGCGCAACUGGAGAGCAUAUUGUAGAGUUUGGCAGCGGAAAAGGCGAUUUUUCCAGUGACUCAGUGAAUAUUGACACGUUGACUCACGGUGGAGAAGUCUUGUGUGUGAAAAAGUCACCCCAUUUAGGCGAUUUUCCCACGUGAAGAUUGUGGCUCGAGAGACGCACUUCGCGGAAGUUGUUUUGUAAACAAAUCACAGAAGAGAGAGAGAAACUUCUUUGUUCUUCUCUGCAAAUCUGCAUUCGAGGGCCUGUGGAGACUGAAACAAGGCGGGGGCGUCGAGAAGUGUAGUGCGUAGCAAAAGGGGCUCCAGGAGACCGCGGAGGCCACUGGAAGAGCAGAGGAGAGGCAUCUUCUGGACACGCACACACGGAGAUUUGGUGAAAAGACGGCGCAGUUCGCGAGUUGGAAGCUAGCAGGGAGUUUCUCGUUGGCCAACAAGUACCAAAUGGCAACUCCAGCGAAAAUGGGAGAUGAUUUGUCUCUCGGAGAAUCAUGGAUUGAGCUGAACUCAAAUGGAUCUGGCACAAAUUCUGGCCAUCGCAGUCCCGAGCGCGUCACGCCGCUGCCCUUCACAUCUGGCGAGGAGUACUUGAGACUCCUGCGUGAGGCACAGCGCGAGUCCAAGGAGUCUAGCCGCGUGGUGUCUUUGGCCGGCUCCAGGCGUGACACGCCACGCAGCAGUCCCAAGUCGCCGCCCAACAGCCCCAACACAGAGCUCUGCAUGGACGAGCUGAAGGGGGUGUACAUCAACUACUGGAACUCCGUCAAGGAAAGCGAUUCUGCUCAGAAUAAGGAUUGGUUCUGGGAGUGGAGCAGUCGACCGGAUCAACAGCCGCCAAAGGACUGGAAAUUUCAGCAUCCGCAGAGACGAAGUCAAGGAUAUUCUGUGCGUUUGGCCCGCGUCGGGAAAAAUUCUCUGUUCUCAAAAGAAGUGCUGUAUUCCCUUUUGCUCACGAAUGUCUUGUCUCUAAUCCUUGGAGCAGGAUUUGGAAUGUGGCUGAGUAAACGAGGAAUUUUGCUCACGCGUGUGUCCAUCGAAUGAACGCUGAAAGAGGAUAAGAUUUGAGCAGUGAAGGCGAUUUUUUACACACUUUUGCAGCAUAAAAUAUUAAGAUAUACAUCAUAAUUACCUUUUACAAGUAAUAUCAAGAGACGAGAUACUUGAAUUGAGGUCAUUUUCCUGUCCAUUUUCUCAAGAGCUUUGUGCAAGAUUCUUCCGCAAAUGAUUAAAAAGAAAAGAAUAUUGAAUAACUGAUUAGAAAGUGAAAAAAGAGCAGGACUUCUUUGCCAAUACAGUGUGUAAUCUAUUCUAUUUAAUGGGAACAGUGAGUAAAAUAUCAUAAGAAGCAAAACUAUUUGGAUUAGAGAUUUUAUGGUGGAAAUUUUCCUGUGUAGCUCAUGUUUUACACUUUCCUUCUAAUUUAUGUAGUGACGGAAAUUGAAGCAAAAGAGGAAUAAUUUAUUUUUCAUGAAUGUGAUAGACGGCAGAAGUGGAACAAUCAUGUAGAUUUGACUUGAUUUUUGGUACUUUUAUACGCGUCUUUCAUGUGAAGAGAUAUAAUAUCCCAAACUAGAUCCUAAAGAGCAUCACUUUUUGUAGUGGAUUUUUUAUAAUACACUGAUUUACUACUGAUUAAAGAUGAUAAAUAUUGCUAUGAAUAUCCCUCAAAAUACAUCCAAAACUCAAUUUAGUGAGAAAUUUAGUAUGUUUAGUGGAUAAAAAAAAUGAAGAAGAGAAUAUAUAAAUAUUUAUAUAUUUAGUGUAUUCAAGAGAAAACAUUCUCUUUUAUAAUGUAAUAACUUCUAAAUUUGCAAAUUAGAAUCACUAUUGCAUAACAAAUAUUGAGAUUGAGAAAGAAAUAAAUAUCUGUGAAAUGA